CUCUCCCCCUCUCAAUGCUUAAAUACUGAUUGCAUAUGUGCAUCAAUGUGCGUGUGAUGAAUAAUAAAAAUGUAAUAAUAAUAAAAGAAAAAACUUAUAAUCUUCAAACUAAAAUAAUAAAAAGUAGUUUUGUAUGUUCACAAAUAUAAAGAUAUUUAUAAAAGAAAAAAAAAAUCUAAUACAAUGCAAUCGCAAGGAGCUAUGGAAUCUUUUCUUAACGCGUCAAAAACUGCUUUGUCGCAAUUAUCGUUAUACCAUACAAUUCGAGUCGUCUUGGGAAAUCAAACAUGUGAUUUGGAUUCUGCUGUAUGUGCUCUGGUCCAAGGAUUGUUAGAAUAUGUUGAUGCCAAAAAGCAAGGACAGUGCAAUCUUGCUGUAAUACCAGUCAUGAAUAUCCCAGAAAAGGAAUUUCGCAUUAAGACUGAAGUAGUUUACAGUUUAAAAUCUCAUAAUAUUCCUUUAAAUUUGAUAACAUUUAGAGAUCAGAUCAAUUUGCAAAAUGUACAGAAUGAUGCUGACAAGAAACUGGAGUUGAUUUUAGUAGACCAUCAUACUCUUGCGAAUGAAGAUGUUGCAUUGAAAUCUUCAGUUAUAGCAAUUAUUGAUCAUCGACCAUUGGACCCAGCCUGGUCAUGGCCCAAUGUAUUGUUAAACAUAGAAACUGCUGGAAGCUGUGCCACCCUUGUUGCACGUAAUAUUCUACAAAAGAAUGCUGAGAUUUUGGAUGCACAGCUUGCAAGUCUUUUACGAGGUCCAAUAUUAAUUGACACCUAUAAUAUGUCAGUUGAAGCUGGUCGGGCAACUGCUACUGAUAUUGAUAUAUUAAAUACUCUUGAGCAACUCGGUGGACUUACACUCACUAGAACUGAAACAUUUAACAAAAUUAUGAAUGCAAAAACAGAUAUUAGUGAAUUAAGUCUUGAAGAACUUAUGAUUAAAGAUCUAAAAAUAACCAAUGGUAUACCUCUUGUAGGAUUCUCUCUUUUAGUAGAGAACUUCCUCAUGCGAGAAAACGCAAAAGAAACAAUUGACAAAUUUGGUAAUGAUAGAAAUUGCGAUGUCAUUAUUCUCAUAGGCCAAAAUGUGAGCAGUGAACAUGUAUGCAGGGAUAUUGCAAUUUUUUCGACAUUGUCUAAUCAAUUAGCGAAUAACAUAAUCGAAGCAUUAAUUUCUUCUACUCAACCAUGCCUAGAUCUAGAAUUGAUCAAAGAAAUUCAAGAUGAGAAAUAUAAGCUCUGUUUGUAUAAGCAAGGAAAUGUAAAGGUAACCCGCAAACAACUACUACCAAUUGUACAGAAAACGGCGUUAUUUUACAGAAGCAAGAGAAUAUAAGUAAACAGGGUAGAGUCCUGAGAAAUAUUACAGAUGUACUAAUAAAAAAUACUUAAAUAUUUAAA